UGAAAAAUCAUCGCUACCAACGACAGAGAGAUGCCGUCUUUAAACUGUUGAAGAGCAAAUAUUACCAAUGCUAGAACCAGAUCCCACAAGAAGGGGAGUGAUCGCCUUUCUGACAUAAUCUGGAGUAAAGGUUGGGCUUAAAUAGUCCGUAGUAGAUGGUUGUUUCCUUCACAGCUGAUACGAAAAAAUCAGCGUUAUACCGAGCAACAGUAGAAAGAAAAGUGAUGAGGCGGACUGCCCGCUGCUGUUUCGGUGGUGUUUCCUAAAUUUCUUAGAGAGGAGCACCAGUUUUCUCUGAUGCAACGUAUAAUUAAAGAUUUUGUAGAAAUGGUUGAAAUGCCGAUUCUAUGUUUGCUUUUAUGGUCCACCUCAUUCUGGCAAUGUUAGAAUUCUGCAGUCAUUAGACUACGGCCAUGAUGGAGCACCGCCUUAAAGAAUUUCUAGUUAAAUGAAUCAGCCUGAUUCUUUAAACCUGGUACUUUUGCUGGACCGCCAGGUUACAAGAAUGUAAACACACUAGCACCUGAGGUCAAGUGGUGGUAAUCAAACACACACACACAUACCCAUACGACGGACUUCUUUCAGUUUCCAACAGCCAAAUCUACCCUGAAAGCUUUGGUCAGCUCGUGUUGUUCAAGGCUACGCAGUGAGACUGAACCCGGAACCAUGAGGUUAGGAAGCAAGCUUCUAACCACGUUUUUCUUAUUUUCCGAUUUAUGUUUGUAACAUCAACAUUAUGUAAUCGACAUUUUGGAAAACAGGUUUCUGCAAAAUGUCGUUUAAAAUACGAAUUUUAGAGAAUGUAACGAGGAAACAAGGUCGGGAGAAUAAUCUAAACCUCCUCAAAAAGAAGAAGAAAAAAACUAACAUAUUCGUAAUCUACACUCGAAAACGUAUCUCUUGCAUUAUUUCAUAAAAAAAAUAUAUAACCCUCAAAAAGUCAUGCGGAAACCGAGUCAAGAAGAAGGAUGAAGGAAUUUUGAAACUGAAACUGUUAAUGCUAAAGACGUCUUUUUCCCGUAUGCAAUUUCAAAACAUGGGUAGAUAACUCUAUUUGGUCGAAAAUAAUGUAGCACAACAGUGAAAGCGUCAACGAUGCACACAGCAAGUGUUAUAAUUUCUGUAUUCCUACUUCUGUCAGCUCACAGUGGAAAAUAUCCUGUGCUGGCGGAACAUUAUGGAAUAUAUCCAUUCCAAAACACAUCCUUGAGUUUUUCUGCCCGAGUGAACGAUUUAGUUAGUCGCUUAACUAUAAAUGAAACUAUUUUACAGCUUUCACGGGGUGGAUCUGUGUAUCCCGCUCCUGCCAUUCCCAGACUAGGAAUAAAACCAUAUCAAUGGGACACAGAAUGUCUCCGUGGUGAUGCUGACGCAGGGCCAGCUACUUCUUUUCCUCAAGCUAUUGGACUGUCCGCAGCUUUUAACACUCAUUUGCUCUACGAUGUUGCUGAAGCUGUUGGCAGUGAAGUGCGUGCCAAACAUAUUGAUUACAUGCGGAGACAUCAGAUGGGUACACACACCGGGAUGAGUUGUUUUAGUCCAGUCAUCAACAUUGUCAGGCACCCACUGUGGGGAAGAACACAGGAAACCUAUGGUGAAGAUCCCUACUUGACCGGCAGUUAUGCCACCAGCUAUGUGCAAGGUCUUCAAGGCAAUCAUCCACGUUACAUCAGAGCCAGUUCAGGUUGUAAACAUUUUGAUGCUUAUUCUGGACCAGAAAAUGUUCCUGUAUCUCGACUUGGAUUUAAUGCUAAAGUUCCAGAGCGAGAUCUUCGUCUUACUUACCUUCCUGCUUUCAAGAAGUGUGUUGAAGCUGGAACAUAUAACAUAAUGUGUAGUUACAACAGUGUAAAUGGUAUCCCUGCAUGUGCCCACAAAAGAUUGUUGACCGAUAUUUUACGUAAAGAAUGGGGUUUCAAAGGAUAUGUAAUCAGUGAUGAAGGUGCUAUUGAAUAUAUGUUGAUAUGGCAUAUGUAUAAAACAACUGCUGUGGAAAUUGCUGCUGCCAGUGUUAAUGCUGGUUGUAACCUUGAGUUAUCACCAGCAUUAAAACAACCAUUCUUUUAUAGCCUUGCUGGUGCUCUCAACCAAGGAUUGGUUACCAAGGAAACUCUACUUGAAAGAGUCAAACCUCUCUUUUACACUCGAAUGAAGCUUGGAGAAUUUGACCCGCCAUCAACGAAUCCUUAUUCCAGUUUAAAUCUCUCCCUCAUUCAAAGUCCUAAACACCGUCGUCUGUCUUUGAAAGCUGCGAUGCAAACUUUUGUACUUUUAAAAAAUUCAUACAACAUAUUACCUCUCAGAAGACGCUUUAAAAAAAUUGCAGUUGUUGGUCCAAUGGCUAACAAUACAGAUCAGUUGUUUGGUGAUUAUAGUGCAACAAUUGAUCCAAAAUAUACAACUACUCCACUUCAAGGUUUACAGGCUUUAGCUGAGUCUGUUAACUAUGCAGCUGGUUGUAAAGAAAAUAAAUGCACUUCCUACAAUGCUUCUGAAAUUGAACAUGCAGUCUCAUCUUCACAACUGGUUAUUGUUUGUCUUGGUACUGGUAAACAACUGGAGCGAGAAGGAUUUGAUAGGAAAAACCUUGAUCUACCUGGAAAACAGUUGCAGUUGCUUCAAGAUGCUGUCAAAUUUGCCAACUACUCUCAACUUGUGGUGCUGCUAUUUAGUGCUGGACCCCUAGAUGUUUCUUGGGCUGAUAAAAGUCCUUUUGUAUCAGCCAUAAUUCAAUGUUUCUUUCCUGCACAAACUAGUGGACAAGCCAUUUACAACAUACUCACUCAUAAUGGAACAGAUUCUAAUCCAGCAGGACGCCUGACAAUCACUUGGCCUGCAUCCAUGCAUCAAGUUCCUCCAAUGAUUAAUUAUUCCAUGGAUGGUAGAACUUAUCGCUAUUUUAAUGGAAAACCAUUAUAUCCUUUUGGAUAUGGUCUUUCUUAUUCUGAGUUUUUUUACUCCCAGCUAAAUGUACCAGAAAAAAUUACUGUUGGUAAUCUUAUCCAUUUAUCUGUCACUGUGGGCAACAAAGGACCAUUUGAUGGUGAUGAGGUUACCCAAAUUUAUAUUUCCUGGCGCAAUUCAUCUGUACCUAUGCCAAAGUUACAAUUAGCUGGAUUCAGUCGUAAUUUCAUCCAAGUUAAGAAACAAAUUAAAAUUGAUUUCAUUAUUGAACCAGAUCAAAUGGCAGUUUGGGACAGCAAAAGAGGAUUUGUUGUUGAAGAAGGUGAACUAAUUAUAUAUGCUGGAGGUCAACAACCAAAUACUGCUCGGAAAAUUAGUUCAAAUAUCCUCCAGAAAUCUGUACAGAUUGUUGGUAAAGACUAAACUUCAGUUUUUACCAUAUUUCAAGUAAAAUGUCAAAAGAUGGGCGCUUUAAGUAUUGCAGAAGAAAUUAUAUUUGCACAAUUUUCAAGUUUCUUUUCAUUAUAUCUGUUUACUUCUAAAAAAAAUAUGUAACAAUAUAUAUUUUUAUCAUUAAAUGCCUUAUAUUUUCUGUUA